AUGAUCACUGACAGUCGCAUUCAGGGGCAAAACCCGUUUGGCAAAGUGGUACGCACCAUACAGCGACGACGAGAAGAUCAAGCUGAAGGGCGAGGUCCACCGCCUUGUCGCACCUCGAGACCAGAAGUAUCAAUCCAACUUUGUCGAGUUCCGCAACAACAAGAUCGUUUACCGCCGAUACGCGGGUCUCUUUUUUUGUGCCUGCGUCGAUACUAA